AUGCUUUUCUUCAAAUAUGUUGUCAUUGCUGCUGUUCUAGCGGCCACAAUCUCCGCCAGCCUUGUCCAAGUUGACCAACCUGUCACUCGUGAAGUCAUACAACGACGAUUUGUAGAGUUCACUCCGAUCAUCGAAAAGAGAUCGCUCCUCAAAACUCGUGAACCUUGCAACAAAUGUGAUGAUAAUAGCGGACGCAGUUGUUGUUGA